AAGAGUCAGUGGGUGCACUUGCUGCUUUAGGGAAAGUAGUACUGCCCUGCACCAAAGAAAGGAAUCUACCAGCUUAAUAAAUUUCGAGACUCAAGACACCAUCUCCACACUCUUCCAGUCUAAAGACCGAACUACACUGAAGUACAAUGGCUUUGGUGGAGUUGAAGGUAGGAAUGCACUGUGAGAAGUGCAUCAAAGCAAUCAAGAAGGCCAUCAAAAAAAUUGAGGAUGCGCAGAUAUUGAGACUUACAGGCUUGACAGACCUCAACAAGAUCACUGUGACAGGCAACGUUACAAAAUGAAGAGUAGUCAGAGUACUGCACAAAAUUGGAAAAAAUGCCUCUUCCUGGGAGUGAAGACUAAGAACUAACGGAUGAAACCCCACCUUUGGAUGAUACUUUCUUCACAACCUCACAAUUAUUAUGCGGUGGAGGCGUUCUACUAGCUGUAAGAUGAUUGAAAGCACCAUUUCCUGUAUAACAUGGGUAAUUUUAACCUUGAAGUCUCUUGGUGAUUUCAGUAUUAUGUACUUCAUUAUUAUGUGGAAGCCAUGCACGUGGACUAAGUUGUUUGUCCAAGCUGAUCAUAAAGAUUAUUGGCAUUGAUAGAUUAUUUGUCAA